AUGACCUUCUGGCUCACACGAGACGCCCUCGUGCACGUGUGCGUGGACUCGCGAACCCCUCCGAGCAAGCUGCCGUCUUGGCUGGAGUACGCCGGCUUCCGAAAGAUACCGGGCGCCCAAGUGCGGACGUCGGAAGCGGGCUUGAGCCUCGAGGUGUUUCGACGCUUUUUCCGAGCGAAGACCCUCGUUAGGCUCGGCGGGAGCGACAACGGCCGGGACCUGGCGCAGACCUUGACGGACUUGAGCGGGGCUGCCGUCAACCCGGACGGCCCGGCCCCCAAGGGUAUGCUGGCGAACUACACAGUUCUCCUCACUACGGUGCCGCCGCCACCGCCGUCGCCAUCAUCGCCGCUACCGUCGGUAUCGUCGCUAGGCGACGCUGCCGUCCCGACGCCUGGGGCGACGGCGACGGUGGCGGUGGCGGCAGCGUACGGCGAAGAAGCGGACGUGCGUGACGCCCUCGUGGACCGAGACGUGGGGGAGAGCAUCGUUUGCCGGCGCCGAUACCGCAUCCUGCCAGACUUCGGCCCGGGAGAUCGACCUUACGUGGACCGCGACUACACGAUCCCUUCGCUGCCCGUCGAGCUGCAGGGCGUGCGACUCACCUGCGUCCAGACCGCGCAGGGAGACAAGCGAGCCGGCGGGUCUCGGUUCUGGAGGUUGUCUCUGAUGCAGGAGUCCGUGGUGCUGGUGAUCUUCGACGCUCGGGCCCAGUCCGUCCCGCUGUGGCUCUCGGCAUCCGGCUUCGUGCUGUGGGAGGGCGUUCAGCUUGCCGGGGCGCAGUACAAGAUCCCGUACAAGUACAAGGGCCUCGUUGCCACUCCCGACCGAUCCCGUCGCCGUGACCGCGACCCCACCCCCGGCGGCGGUGGUGGAGGCGUCGGCGCCGAAGGGACGCGUUUCGGUGACGGCGUCGGUGAAAGUUUUGGCGGUGACGGCGUGGGCGCAAGCAGGGCAAACAGGCCUAGAGCGUCUUCUUCCCGCCACGAGGAGCGACGCCCGGCCGCUGCCGGGCUCCGUCGGCGCGGAAUGUCGACGACGGACGCAGCGAUACUCGGCACCCGGUCGGCGCUCAGCGGUGGCAACAGCACCGAACUUGGCGGCGGCGGCCGCGCGAGCGGCCGCGCGCGCGCUUGGACGGGCGGGGGCGAAGAAGCCGUCUCUAACGGCCGUGGCGUCGCCGGCGCCGGCGCCGGUGCCGGCGGCACCUACGGUACCGGAAGCGGUGGCAGCGCCGUCUUCGGCGGGAGACCGGGCGAGCGGAGCAGAGGAGGGCUGCAGCGCAUCUCGCCGCUCUGGGACACCGGCAAGGACGGGCCGCUGUCGCAGAUGCCGGUGCCGUUCGAUCGGGUCGGUCGGACCUGGAGCCGGUCUUUCAACGUCGACGCGGCCAAGACGGGGGGCCCGCUGGAGACGUCGGGGGCGACCCUGGGGGUAUCGGUGUCCGCGCUCACCGGGCAGUUCCACCGCACGCGCGUCGUGACGUUGUACCCGCGGCUGGUCGUGCGAAACUUCCUGGGCUUCCCGCUCGAGGUAAUGCCCACGGUGAUGUCGCCCAAGGCCGCCGCCGUCGAACGCCUCGCCAAGUGCAUCCCGCCUGCGAUGCCCCCGUCCUGCCGGGAUGCGUCCUUCCUGCGUGGGUACCGUGCCUCCCCCCGACACUUCCUUCGAUCAGGAAGGGCGGACGGGCCAGCAGAAGGAAAGGGAGGAGCGGGUUCCGGCGGUGUUGGUGGUUAUCCCACCGGCGCUGGCGCCGGUGCCAGCGCCGCUGCGGUCGGCACCGGUCACCUUGCCCGAACCGUGCCAAACUCUGAGGCCGUGAUCAUCUACGCCUUCAACGCCGCCGAUGACCUGGCCAAGGGGCUCGCCAUCGCUGCCGCUGCCUCUGGGAGCAACCACAGCGUCGCCGGCGGCGCGGGAGACACCGGUGUCGCCGGGGUCGCCGGGGACCCGGACGACCACCGGAAGUGCGUCCUUUUGCGAGCGGCGGCUGCGGCGACCGGGGCGGCGGUAGCCGACGUCGGCGACGAGGACGGCGGUGUCGGUGGAUUCGGCCCGGCCCUGGCGACGGGGCUCUCCCGACCCGUGCUAUCGGACGAGAUGGGGGAGACCCACCUGUGGGUCGUGGACUCGAACGGCCGGCGGCACCUCGCGGCGGCGUUCGUGUCCCUCCAGCGGGCGACGGUGUUCGUCACGCUGUCGACCUCGGCGCAGUUCCCCCCGUUCCGCGUCGAGAACCGGUCCAGCACGGAGACCCUCGCUUACCGACAGGUCGACGCGCACAAAAGCAUGGGCUGGCACAUCCUCCCUCCGCUCUCGUGGCACGCGUUCCUGUGGCAGGAGCCCGACAAGCCGCGGGCCAUCCAGAUGGCGUUCGCGUCCUCCCUGACCCGAUCCGGCAGCGACGCUCGACACAGCGAGGAGUACUCUUUGGAUAAGAUUGGGGUGACGGACUCUCUUGAGGAAAAGAGCAUCACUCGGAGCGUCAUCACGCGCGUUACAACCGGAAGCACGGUCAAGAGACUGUAUUCUGAGGUUCGGGUAGAGGGGCGAACGCGCGUGCUGAGCUUCGGCGAUGUCCGCCUAUCAGACGGGCACGAACAGGGUCACGCCGACAGCGUCACUCGGCUGAAGCGGCUCUACAACCAGCUCGACAUCGGCGUUCGUUUCUCCGGCCUGAGCUUCAACAUCGUAGAGUGCUCAACGGAGGGACCGUCCGAGGUGAUGUCCGCCCACGUGGACAGCGUUACGGUCGCCAAGCGCAGCGGCGACAACGUGGUCGAGCUUCAGGUCUUCCACGUGCAGGUGGACGACAUGCGGAGGCGAACACGGAUGCCGGUGGUUCUUCAGCCGGCAGAUAGCGGAUUCAACAGCCACCUCAGAGAGGCGAGGGAGGGUGGAGCGGGCGGUAACAGAGGCGCCGUUCCCUUCGUGAGGCUCUUGUGGGACAAGGAAGUGGCCACCCUCGGCAUGCCGCACCUCAAGAGCUUGGACUUGGAGCUUCAGGAAAUGCGGGCGAACGUAGACCUGGAGUUCGUGCUCCACCUCCUUGCGCUGACGGGGUCGUUGGUGCCCGAGCUCACUAGCGAGGAAGUCCUGGCCAAGAUGUGCCGCAAGAAGGCCAAGGUCACCGUGCGGCACACUGUGCCAACCCCCGCGAAGCGGGACCUGUCGAUGGUGUACGUGGAGGCCUUCCGGCACUCAACCAUCGUCGUGCGGGUCGAGCUUUGGGUGGGGCAAGCCGCGCUGUCGCCCGACGCGGCCGCGCUCGAGGAUCCAGAGACGACUACGGGAGGACUGACCGUAUUAGGCGGGGGUUUCCUGACCGUGCUGUCGGUGUUGGGAAGCAGCAUCGCCCACGUCAACCCGACCUUCGUGUUCGAUGAGCUCGUCGUGACGCACUACUGCGGCAGCGCUGGCGGCCUGACCGGGCUGGUCGUAACGGCCCUCACCCAGCAGGCGGUGGCGCAGGGGUACAAGGUGGUCGGGUCCAUGGAGCUGCUGGGCGACCCGCUAUCGCUCGUCGGCAAGCUUGGAGACAGCGUGGUCCAGUUCUUCACCAAGACCAAGGCGGAGAUGACCGGCGAUGCCGAUACCGUAGGCGCGGGCGCGAAGGUUCUGGUGAAGGGGCUUGUAGGCGGCACGUUUGGCAGCGCCGCGAAGAUCACGGGUUCAUUGGAAGGCAUGAUCCGUGGUCUCAGCGGCACCGCCAUCGCUGAAAACGAGUCGGAGAUGGAGCGCGAGGAAGAUGGCCAGCUGCAGCGGGAGGUGAAGGGCUUGGAGCACGGAGUGAAGCAAGGCGGAAAGGUUUUCUACGAGACCAUGAAGGCGGGAAUCACCGGCUUAAUAGACCGGCCGGCCGAGGGCGCAAAAGAAGAGGGCUUGGCCGGCUUCAUCGCCGGCAUGGCCAAGGGAAUCGUGGGCGCGGUAGCCGCGCCGGUGGCCGGGGCGCUAGGGGCAGUCUCCCGAGUCACCGAGGGCGUCGAUGCAUCCACGAGGCUUUCCGACGAGAAGCGAAUGGGAAGGCGUCGAGCCGCGAGAACGGCGUUCAGAUCGGUGCCCACAGGCAGGGCGCUCCCUCCGCUAACUCCCACCGACCUGGUCAAGAACGUUCCCAGAAAGUUCGCCACGUUGUGGGUGGGCACUGGCCUGGAAGCGACGGGGGUGGCGUUGCCAGUUCCGGAAGGGGAAGAGGCGGAGGAGAGAGAUCGGAAACCCGCUGGUGAUGUUGGUAGCGGUAGAGGGGGCGAAGACGGGGCGGGAGGUCGGGCUCAUCCCUCAUGACGAAGAGUUUGCUCUGAUUUGCGGGUUGGAAAGCCAGCACACAUGCCGACAAGUCCGGUUUGCUGAUUGGAAAGCAAAUAAGAACGCGGGAAAGAACACUAAAGGGGCAGAUGAUAUAGGAUGGGGAGGACGUGCGACGCUUACCCUCGGUACCUAGGGGAAAUAGUAGGAUGUUCCCGUCGCAGCGGGGUUGGUGGCGGUCAGAGAAAGCUGCCGCGUGGCAGAGUGGGACGUGGCGCGAGAUUUGUAUCGUACGGCCUGGUACAGUAGGUCUGAACACAAAGAAUGUUUCAAUGUUUUGUGAGAGGUGUUUCGAGUUUGGAGGAGAGGCGUAACAGUGCGCAACUGUGGAAUGUUUGUGGGCGUAUGUGAA